AUGUCGCAGGAAACUGUGGAUACCUUUAUGGCAAUCACCAGCGCCGAAAAUAGUGAACUAGCACAGCACUUCCUGGAGAUGGCUGGUGGAAACCUAGAAACAGCAAUUUCACUUUUUUUCGAGCAUGGUGGCAAUGCUCAAUUGACCAAUAGAAGUUCUGCCGUCGCUAAUCCGGAGCUUUCUGAACAAUCCCAUUUCUCACCGGAACCGAUUCAAGAAAGCUAUAGGGCACCAGAUGAAGCCCGACAUGAAACUCUGGUCGAUACACACGUUUUUCCCUCGAUUUACGGUGGCAUCGGAGGCCAAUAUGGCCCAUUACGUCAAGCUCGAGGCAUGUUUGAUGAAACCCGUUCACGAGGUGUAUUCAACCAGCAACUAGAAUCGGAUACUGAAGGGAGUUCAGAGUUUUCGGAAGAAGAGGAUUUCAGAGCUUCGUAUGAAUAUGUGGAAGAAACCGUGAUGGAAUUGGACGACGAUGGGAACAUACAUGAAGUUACAAAAUUGGUUCGUAAACCUAGAGAAAUGACCAAAGAGCAAAAACUGGCAAUGCUGUUCAGGCCGCCCUUCGACAUGAUGGCGAAAAUUGACUUGAACGGCGCCAAACUUCGAGGACGUGAAAAACAAAAAUGGAUAAUGAUCAACAUUCAAACGGUAGAUGUUUUUCAAUGCCAAGCUUUGAAUCGUGACGUUUGGUCGCACAAAGAUGUCAAAAAACUUGUGAAGCAAAACUUCGUUUUUUUGCAGUAUCAAUACGACUCUGCAAACGCAAGACCAUAUGUUCAGUUUUAUGGCCCCCACACCAAAGACGACCUGCCUCAUAUUGCGAUUUUGGAUCCAAUUACCGGCGAGCGGGUCAAACAAUGGAGCAGAGACGUGCCUAAUCCUUUGGAUUUUGUGAAAGAUGUACAGGAAUUUUUGUCUCAAUUUUCGUUGCAUCCUGGCUCCACUAACCCCGCUGUUCGAGAGCCCACUCCAGAACUGGACCCAACUUUGCUCUCCGAAGAGCAGCAGAUGAAAUUGGCCAUCCAAGAGUCCCUCGGCCGCGAUCAGUCUGAACCAACACAAGGCGGGCAAGCAGUACCCAUCAAAACAGAUACAGAUGUUAAUGAUAAUGACGUAGAAGCGCAAAGUUCUGAGGACCCUUACAUGGCACUUUUCGAUUCUAUAACACCCCAUAAGGACCAUCCUGAGCCGGCCAACGAGCCUGGUGUCACCACUAGAGUUCAAAUACGGACUGGUGACGGACGGAGAGUUGUGAGACGUUUUAAAUCCAAGCAAGACACAGUGCGUGUAAUUUUUGAAGUCGUCAAAAGCAAUAUCGAAGGUUUCCAAAACGAAUACUUUACCUUAAGUGAUCAUGCCAGAGAGAAUUUGCUCAACAAGCUCGAUCAAACCAUUGAAGAAGCGGGACUAAACAAUAGCUCUCUACUUCUUGAAUUAGUUCAAGAUUAA